UUUAAAUACUUUUUUAAACGGGCAGUAUUGUUCGGAUUUUUUAUAUGAAAAUCAAUAGUAAUAAAAUGCUUCUUUGUUGAUAUAAGUUGGAAAUUAAUUACUAGUUUAUUAGUUCUCUAAUAUUUGUUUUGAAAUUAAUUUAUUGUUGAAGUUUUUUUUGGCGUUUUUGUUAUUAUAAAAUCAGACUUUAGUGACAAUAUGCCAGACUGUGACUGUGAUUAUAUGUUACCAACUAAAGAAGGAUGGGAAGAGCACUAUGAUAAUUGUAUAAGCAAGUGGAAUUCAAAUGUUCCAUGUCCAAAAUAUGCAGACGGGUCUAUUCGUCUAUUGAAUAAGAAUCUAGCGGGAAUGCAGCAAGACUUCAUCUACCAUUUAGGACUGGAUACUGCUAAAUACGACUUAAAAUCCAUGUUUGGAGAUGUCAAAUUCGUAUGCAUGGGCGGGACCAAAUAUCGUAUGAAAGAAUUCGCCAAACACAUGGCUAAAAUAUUGAAUAUAGACUACGAAGCAAAUAAUCUAAGUAAGCACUCGCAUAGAUACGCGAUGUAUAAAGUGGGACCUGUCAUUUCUGUUAGUCAUGGUAUAGGUAUAUCUUCAAUGACGAUACUACUGCAGGAAAUAUUAAAAGUGUUAUAUUAUGCGAAAGUGAAGAAUCCGAUAAUCUUCAGAAUAGGAACUAGCGGUGGUCUGAAAAUACCUGCGGGUUCGAUCGUGAUAUCUUCCUGGGGUCUUAAUGGUACUUUGGAGAAGACAUAUGACCUUCCAGUUUUAGGUAAAAUUCGUAAAAUACCGUCUGUAUUCGAUAAGCGUUUGGUACAAGAACUCCAGUCUAUGGUGACUGAGGAAGAUGGAUUUAUCACAUAUAGUGGAGGAACUAUGGCGGCUGAUGACUUUUAUAGAGGUCAAGCGCGAUUGGACGGUCCGUUUUGUGACUACACGUCGGAGGAGAAGCAGUCAUACUUACAGCAUCUAUGUGCGCUGGGCGUGCGCAAUAUAGAGAUGGAGGCGACCGCGUUCGCCGCAAUGGCACGGGAAGCGGCUGUGCGCGCUGCAGACGUCUGUGUCACUUUACUGGACAGAUUGAAUGGAGAUCAGGUGACAACAGACAAGGAGUUAUUGUUAAAAUAUCAAGAACGUCCUAUGGUUAUAGUCGGAAGGUAUAUCGCCAAAUAUUACGAGAAGAUAAAUAAAACGUGAAUAAUUAAACACAUUUUAUAAUCAAGUAUAUAUAAAACAUUUAAAUCUACUUUUGUUU